AUGGAGUCCGACCUGACGCCCAAGUUCGCGCCCUUCUUCGGCAUGGGCGGGAUUGCCUUCGCGAUGAUCUUCGGAUGCGUCGGAGCUGCAUACGGCACGGCCAAGUCUGGCAUCGGCAUUUCCGGUUCGCUCAUCCCGGUCGUCAUGUCGGGUAUCAUCGCCGUCUACGCACUCGUCAUUGCCGUGCUCAUCGCCGGCGACAUGGGCCCACCGCCGGGGCAGAACUACAGCUUGUUCAGCGGCUUCAUGCACCUUGCAUGUGGCCUAUCAGUCGGCCUGACGGGCACUGCCGCCGGAUACGCGAUUGGCAAAGUGGGAGACAUGGGCGUCCGCUCGUACAUGCAACAGUCGAGGAUCUUCGUUGGCAUGGUGUUGAUUCUCAUUUUCGGCGAAGUCCUGGGUCUCUAUGGCCUUAUCGUCGGCCUGAUCCUCAACACUCACAGCAGGGGUUAA